AUGGCUCUUUCGUGCGUCUGUUCUCCAAAAUGCCUAGCCAUUCUACUCCUACUCACAGCCAUACCCAUCGGCAUAAUCACAUCCCUAGAACGAUCUCAACCACCAACUCACGUCUACCACUACCACAGCAACGGUUGGUUCCGAGAAUGCGCCAAGUGGGAUUCCGCCAACAACCGUUUCAUAGUCUCUUUCUUUGAAGGCGGCAUCGGUCGAAUUCCCGUACCUGAGAACGAAUCUCCGGGAACAGUGUUAGAAGAAGAAUCAAUAGUGAAAGAAUCAGAGCUAGCCGGAAACGCGUCGUUGGGAUUGACGAUUGACCGGAGUAGAAAUCGGGUUCUGGUGGUAAACGCCGACGUUUUGGGAAACCGUUAUGGUUCUCUCGUUGCUUAUGAUCUUUCUACGUGGAAACGCCUCUUUCUUACUCAUCUUUCUGGCCCUAGUGAUGGGAAAUCCUUUGCAGACGAUGUUGCGGUAGAUGCAGAAGGCAAUGCUUAUGUAACAGAUGUAAAGGGAAAUAAAAUUUGGAAAGUUGGGGUUGAUGGGAAUAUUAUAUCAAUCAUUACCAGUCCACUCUUUACUCCAAAAGAAUGGCACAAAACAUUGGUUGGACUCAACGGGAUUGUUUACCACCCAGAUGGAUUCUUGAUAGCGAUUCACACUUUUAGUGGAAAUUUGUUUAAGAUUGAUUUGAAAAACGGAGACGAAGUGAAGAUAGUAAAGGUUAAUGGAGGGCCACUUUAUUUUGGUGAUGGUUUGGAGUUAUUGUCUCCCGAUAAGGUGGUGGUUGCUGGUAGUACUCCUUCAGGGAGAUUGGUGGAGAGUUUAGAUGGAUGGAAUACAGCUUCUGUUGUGGCGACAUUCUCUGGGCCUAGACAUCGUUUGGCUACUGCAGCUACUGUGAAGGAUGGGAAAGUGUACCUAAACCAUAUACUUGGAAUUGGAUACCCUAAAAAGAAGCAUGCUCUUGUUGAGGCAGUUUUUUAA